AUGCUUUUCAAAAAACUGAUCUCUCGCAUCGCAGCGGAUUCUCAGUACCUGCAUGACAUAUCCCACUAUGCCACAUCGAGCACGGAAGAUUCCGUCUGUUCUGUGGAGCCAGGUACGGCUGAAGAUGUCGGGAUCAUUCUCCAGAUUUUGGGUGAAAACCAAACUCCGUUCGCGGUUAAGGAUGGUGGUCAUAUCAUGAAUCCCGGAUACUCGUCCACUCCAGGCGUCACGAUUGCGAUGACGCGAUUCAAUACUGUGAAUUACGACUCUGACACCGAGACUGUGGCAUUUGGCACAGGUUUGGUUUGGGAUGAUGUUUACAAAGCACUCGAUCCGUACAAUGUCAACGUCGUUGGCGGAAGAGUAUCUGGUAUAGGGGUGUCUGGGUAUACUCUGGGCGGAGGCUACUCCUGGCUAACAAACCAAUACGGUCUAACGCUUGACACAAUCCAAGCUUUCGAAUUGGUCCUGCCAAAUGGCUCUAUCGUCAAUGUUACUGAUUCUAAUAACCCCGACUUGUUCUACGGAUUGAAGGGCAUUGUCACAACAUUCAUCCUGAGAACGUUCCCUCAGGGGGAGGUGUGGGCUGGGCAAGUAACGUACUCCGGAGCUGAGGUUCAAGCCGUCACAGAUGCGACCUAUAACUUCGCGAACUAUGUUGUCGAUCCCAAGGCGGCCAUAAUUACGACUUAUGACUAUAUCGGUGGAGCGCUCGUCUCAUCCGUGAUCAUGUUUUACGACGCACCAACUCCCCCGGCAGGCAUCUUUGAUGAAUUCAUAGCCGUUCCUUCCUUGGCGUCCACCGUUUCUACACAGUCCUUCCUGUCUUUCAUCUUGAGUUCGGUUGAGGAGGUGUCAUUGAAUUGCCGCGGACUUUACCAUACGGCUCCAGUGGAGCGAAUUACACCAGGGAUCCUGGAGGAGGCCAUUGCGCUGAUAGAAUGCCAGUUCUGGUACAACGAGCUCCAAGAUCAAUCUGCUUAUAUCAUCAGUAUAGAUAUUGAACCGUUCCUGCCGACCAUCCUCGAUCACGGCGGGCCAUCGGCCUACCCGUACACGCGCGUUCAGCGCUUCCUACCACUGAACCUCUACUUCGGCUGGGUGCAUCCGCAAUAUGACGCCGAAUUUUACGACGCGAUCGUCGCCAGUGCGUCCAGUCUGACUACAGUAGCAUUGGCGGAGGGCCAGACUGCCAUACUUUUCGCACCGCAUUAUCCCAACUACGCCGUGUAUGGAACUCCGCUGAGCUCGAUAUAUGGAACAGCUUUAUCCGAGCUUACCACGUUGAAAGGCUUGUACGACCCGAUGAGUAUCAUGGGAUUAGCGGGAGGGUGGAAGGUACCGAAUCCAAUGUAA